UUUCUUUCCUUCAGUUUUCAGUUGUUCUUCUCAUCAAAAUUACUAUUGACGUUGUGUUUAGACUGGCGCUAAUUGACGAAUUUGCAAAUUGAUCGAUGAAUUAUGAGCCAAGCGGAUGAGCGAAAGCCCAAAUUAUCAUUAUUUAUCAUCGUGAUUACCCUUAUACAUUUCUAAUUCACUGUUUUUACAAUAUAAAAUUGAAUAAUUUGCUUGCGGGAAAUCUGAUCCAAAUUUAAUUCACAAUUUGAUCAAAUUAUCAUGGCUAGUUAUUGAAAAAACGUGAACAAACUUUGUUGAAUAACUCAAAAAACAACGAGAAAAAAAAUGACGAACGAAACUACGAACGAUACUGACAGCACUACUGGUGGCGGUUCGUCGCCGCUAACUCACUCGCCUCUGUGGUUAAAUAUAGCGGAAGUUUCGUUUCUGCUUCCAGUAGCUAUUCUGGUUCUAAUCAGCAGCAGUAUAGUUCUUCUGGUCAUCUUCCGAACCCCGAAACUCCACCGAACCCCUGGAUUCCUGAUGCUUGUUCUAUCUUCUGUGGAUAUUUUGAUUGCGUUGUUUGACCAGGGAUACAGCAUUGGCGAGCUCGGGGGGAAGAUUUUUGACAAAGAUUUGCAGCCUUUUGGAAUAUUUUGUCAGCUGCAAUUCUUCACCAACAACUUCUUGUAUGGCGUGCAGUCCACGACCAUAAUGAUGGCAGCAGUGGACCGGGUCAUGGCCAUAACAAGGCCACUCUACUAUCACUGCCGAGGGGGGCGACUGGGCAAAAUCCUGUUCUGUCUCCUAGGCGGGUACUGGCUGGUUCUGAUGGGUCUGUUUGUCAUCAUGUGGACCCAAGCGGCGGAGAUCCAGUGGAUUGUCGGAUUCAGCUCAUGCAUGGCCAGAUACUCACACAUUCACUUCAUAAGAAUGAUGCUGAUGGUGCAGUACACAGUGGCGUAUAUCAUUCCGGGCGGGAUCAUCCUGUUCUGCUACGUGGCCAUCGGCUUGAAGAUCAGGAGCAGCAGUCGGGAGAGACGGAAGAUAGUGGCCAACAUGCAGACCAGUCACUCAUACACCAGUCAUGGACGCUCACAUCAUGGACCCUCGAGCCAUACAGGAACUGGAGGGGGCACAUUGUCUAAGCAGGAGCAGGAAGUGAGUCACUGGCAGCAGAUCGCCAUCUGCAAAAGUCUCAUCCUCAUCACACUCCUCUACUACAUCUCAUUCCUCCCCUUCUUCCUCUACCAGGUGACGAUCUACUUUUCCGGAGACCCGAUCAUAUCCCCCCUCUACAGGGCCCUGAAGGCGUUCCGAAACCUCUCCUCUGUCACCGACGGCGCCAUCUUCUACGGCAUGAGCAACAGCUUUCAAGUGGGGCUUCGAAACCUGAUUGGGCGAUCGAAGGCAAUAAACAGACAUCAAGCUGUGAACAAUAGAUCAGUCCUGGCCGUUUCUCACUCAAACCACCAUCGCAGUUCCAGACUCCAUCCGCAUGGCCCGGUCGGCAACUUUGGAAGACUCCGAGCUUCUACGCUGUCCUCGAGCACUGGAAUCAGCGGCGGAAACUCACCAACUGCGCGGUCGCUCGCGACACCAUCGGCUAUCGGAACGCACAAAGGAGUUGUGUACUGUCCCACCUCAGCUACGGUUCAAUUGAACAGCAAUAAAAACAUCUCAGCUAGUUUCACUUAAACUAUACUUUGUUAAUGCCAAAAACUAAUCAUAAAUUAUAACUAGUCUACUAAAUUUUUUUUAAAAGCACUUCUCAUAUUUACCUCCCAGUAUUUUAAAAUAUGCUUAAGACCAAAACA